UGACCGGCACCAGUCAGCUGCUAUAAAUACACAGACCCUCGCGGCCAUUCGUCUAUUAGCACCUGCUUUUUUCUUCUCUCUCUUGGGGCGGAUUAAAUCCUUUUGCCUUCGUGCUUUAUAUUUUUUUUAUAACUGUUGUAAACUUUAUUAUUGGAUUUGGGUUGAGAGAGAAAGAUGGAGGAGGAACAUGGGUCUUACGGCGCAGAGAUUCCCAACAUGGACGAUGAAAUGGUGGACUCUGAACUGCACAAGGACGAGGGUGCCUCUGAAGAGCCCGCUGCAAAGGAAUUGCUAGAAAUGAAAAAACGGUUAAAAGAAAUAGAAGACGAGGCGGCCGCCUUAAGAGAUAUGCAAGCUAAAGUUGAGAAGGAGAUGGGUGCUGUACAAGAUCCUGCUGCGUCAGCAGCUUCUCAAGCAAACAAGGAGGAGGCUGAUGCGCGAUCAAUUUACGUGGGCAAUGUUGAUUAUGCUUGCACACCAGAAGAGGUCCAGCAGCAUUUUCAAUCAUGUGGAACUGUCAAUCGAGUUACAAUUUUAACAGACAAGUUUGGUCAACCAAAGGGAUAUGCAUAUGUAGAAUUUUUGGAGUUAGAAGCUGUCCAGAAUGCAGUUUUGUUGAAUGAAUCUGAGUUGCAUGGUCGCGCACUAAAGGUGACUGCUAAACGAACAAAUGUCCCAGGAAUGAAACAAUUUCGAGGUCGUCGAUUCAACCCUUACAUGGGAUAUCGACCAUGGAGGCCUCCAUAUCCAUAUUCUCCUUAUGGGUACGGAAAGGCUCCAAGGUUUCGAAGAGCCAUGAGAUACCGGCCCUACGGCUAAGUUUCUGCUGCCUUCAGGUUGUCUGUGUGUUUCUCAUGGUUUAGUGCAGAUCACAUGGACAAAAGAUCCAAUUAUUGUUUCAUUAUCUUCAUCUGACAUUUCUAGAAAGCAUCCAUUAUGGUUUGCUCUCUAAUUAAAAUUAAAGUUUGACUUGCAAAAUGAGCUAAUUGUGAGGAACUGGCAGAUCUUGAAAACCUUUCCAUUAGUCGGCUUGCCGUCUUAUUUUUGUACAUUUGAUUGGUCAGAUUCAUUUGAUUGGUGGUUGUUCUGAAGAUAAAACUGCAUUUCAUGACUGAACCAGGAAGGCGUCAGAUUGUUGGUGUUCUAUUUUGAACCCAGCUAUUUAAUUUGGUGAUGGAGCUUUUCAAAUGCAUCAAUACUUGUAAAUUUUAAAUGGUAUUUUUUAUGAGGUUUUAUUGCCAACUUGGAAAGCUAGACAAUCAGCAUCAGAGAUAUUGCUUUUUGUAUAACUGAGGGAAUAAUGGAGGAAGUCAAAUACAAUUUGCAAUUUUGGCAAGCA